AGACGCUGACCUCACGCUGUACGCCGACCUGUACUGUCGUAAAAGGUCGCUCCUUCAUCCAUGUGACGCGACAACAAGCCGAAGCCGGGAAAGCGUGGCUAGUUUGGGAAGCUAGUGUGUGUUGGUGAAGAAGGUGCGGGUCAGACUACUUUUUUUUAGUGUGUGUGUGUGUUUUUGCAGACACCACUUCGUCUUACAAACAUGGAGGGAGCCGACGAGUUCAUGAAGUAUCGUUCCCCUCUGGUGUCGAGGUAUGCUAGCAAAGAGAUGGCCUACAACUUCAGUGACAGGAAGAAAUUCACCACCUGGAGGAAGCUGUGGAUCUACCUGGCUAAAGCUGAGAAGGCGUUGGGUCUGCCCAUCACGGACGCUCAGAUUCAGGAGAUGGAGAGCCACGAGAAGGACAUCGACUUCGCCAUGGCGGCCGAGGAGGAGCGCAAGCUCAGGCACGAUGUCAUGGCCCACGUCCACACCUUUGCACACUGCUGCCCCGCCGCCGCUCCCAUCAUUCACCUCGGUGCCACUUCCUGCUACGUGGGAGAUAACACUGAUCUGAUUAUGCUGCGUGAUGGAUUCGACAUCGUCUUGCCUAAGCUGGCCAGAGUCAUUGACAGACUGGCAAACUUUGCAGAGAAAUAUGCCGACCUCCCUACACUUGGCUUCACACACUACCAGUGAGCCUGCCAGUUGACCACGGUAGGAAAGCGAGCAUGUCUGUGGCUGCAGGACCUCGCCAUGGACAUGCGCAAUCUGCAGCGAGCCCGUGACGACCUCCGUUUCCGGGGGGUCAAGGGGACCACGGGUACCCAGGCCAGCUUCCUGCAACUGUUUCAGGGGGAACACGACAAGGUGGAAGAGCUCGACAGGAUGGUGACAGAGAUGGCCGGCUUCAAAAAAGCCUACUUGGUGACUGGGCAGACAUACAGUCGUAAGGUGGACGUCGACUGUCUGUCCAGCCUGGCCAGUUUGGGAGCAACUGUUCAUAAGAUUUGUACAGACAUCCGCCUGCUCGCCAACCUCAAAGAGAUCGAGGAGCCUUUUGAGAAGGAGCAGAUUGGUUCCAGUGCGAUGCCCUACAAGAGGAACCCCAUGCGUGCAGAGCGUUGCUGCAGCCUGGCCCGUCAUCUAAUCGCGCUGAUGGCCGACCCCCUGCAGACGGCCUCGGUCCAGUGGCUGGAGAGGACGCUGGAUGACAGCGCUAACAGGAGGAUCUCCCUGCCUGAGUCCUUCCUCACGGCGGACAUCAUCCUCAGCACUCUGCAGAAUAUCACCGAGGGACUGGUGGUUUACCCCAAAGUCAUCGAGAGACACAUCCGCCACGAGCUGCCGUUCAUGGCCACAGAGAACAUCAUCAUGGCCAUGGUGAAGGCUGGAGGGAACAGACAGGACUGCCACGAGAAGAUCCGUGUUCUGUCCCAGGAGGCGGCAGCUGUGGUCAAACAAGAGGGCGGUGAUAACGACCUGCUGGCCAGAGUCCAGAAAGACCCCUACUUUGCUCCCAUUCUGGGGCAGCUGGACGCCGUACUGGACCCCAAAACAUUUAUUGGUCGUGCUCCACAGCAGGUUUUGUCUGAAGAAGUGCGCCCCCUGCUGGAGCCAUACAAGGCUAAGAUGGAUGUAAAGAUUGAGCUUGAGCUCUAACACACACACACACACACACACACACAAGCCAAGACAACGAGACUUCAGCAUGGUGGGUGUCCUCAAUAAAGAAAGGUCAUUGAAUAAAUGUAUCUCCAUCA